AUGGAUAUGGCGAGUGCCGCUGCGAAUGAAAUCUCAUCCUCCAAUAGUAAUACCAACAAUUCCAAGAAAAGAUGUCAAAAGCGCCUCUUUCGCGACCCCCGCUACGGAUUAGUGUAUGAUGCUUGGAAAGACCCAUCUGAAGAAGCUUUAUCCGGUGGCCGUGGAAUGUUUUGCAUUGUGCCCCUUGCGGAUACGUUGAUUAAAUCUGCUUCCCACACGAUCAACCACCUAGCGUGUUCAACUGUGGAAGCUCUUAAGAAGCCAGACUUGCUUAAACCUGAGGCAUUGCAAGCAAACAUAAAUAGUCAACUGCAAAGGGUUGCAUCUUCUGUUAAGAAACCACAGUUUGAUUUUGCUAUGCUGAUGAGAGCCAGCCAGCGUUAA